CCUCUCUCUCGGCAACCCUGACGGAGCAGCAGCCUGGUGCUCUCGCUCGACCUCUCUCUCUCUAUCUCUCGCAUCCGGUCUUCCUCGGCACACUUUCGACACUCGUUCCACUCGCGCGCACCUGUUCGUCCGCAAACAUGCCCGGAUUCUGCGCCAGCCUCGGCCUCACCUUCAGCUUCGCUGCCGUCGUCCUCCUCGUCUUUGGCCAGGUCUCGCAAAUCAACUCGGACCUCAUCCCUCGUCACCUGCGCAUCGUCAGCAUCGACACGUCGGGCCUCGGCGUCGCCGUCGCGUCGGCGGCCCGUGCGGCGACCGGUGGGAUCCAGAUCGCCAACGUGUCCGACAUCUACGCGACGACCGGCGUCGGCGAGGACUACUUUGUCAAGGCGACGGGCGCGAGCCCGCACACGGGCCUGUACAAGGGCUACGAGUGGGGCCUCUGGAGCUACUGCACGACCCAGGGCGACCUCGGCGACAAGCGGUCGUACUGCUACACGCGCUCGAUCCACCCGACCUUCCAGCCGGCGCAGGUCCUCCUUCAGGACGUCGACACUCAGUACGCCGACCUCCUGCGCCAGGUCCUCCCGAACAACGUCUUUACCGCCGACGCCUACCUCGGCGAGUGGACCAAGGCGGCGUCGUACCUCAUCAUGGCCGGCUCGCUGUGCGCCGCGCUGACGGCCAUCGUCGGCUUCUUUGCCCGCCGCGGCGCGUUCGUCCUGGCGACGCUCCUCAACCUCGCCGCCUUCGUCGGCCUGUUUGCCGGGUCCAUCAUCUGGACCGUCAUCGUCGCACGCGCGCGGUCGGCCAUCAACGACGCGACGGCCGAGGGAACCGACGUCGGCAUCACGCUCGAGUACGGCAACGCGCUGUGGAUCAUGUGGGCCGCGACGGUCCUGUCGCUCGCGAGCGUCGUCCCGCUCGCGUUCGCGUGCUGCACCGGCCGCAGCGGCACCGAGCGCACCGAGCGCAUCAAGGCGUACGCCCCGCCGAGCGAGGUGCUCGUCGUUGCGCCCAAGCAGCUCCAGUGAGCGGCGCUCGCGGGCCGUCGUCGUCGUCGUCGGCGCCGCUCGACCCUCGUCCGGCUCGGCGCGGUCCGACCGCCUCUUUCCCUCUACGAGUCCUCGUCCCUCCUAUCCUCUCGCGCUCGCGCACACCACAAUCCUUACACGUCGUCUCUCUAUUCCUGGUGAGCCGAGCUCGCGCCUGUAGCUCUCUCUCUCGCCUCGUCUUUCGAGAUCUUGUAGCUCUCCCCUUUCCUGCGUCCGAGCAGCCUGUCCUGCAAAGUUAGCCUUUCGUACAC